CGGCAGCAUGCGUGCGUACGACGAGAUGAGCGCCAAGCGCUUGACUGGACAAGAUCCAGAAAUCCGCCUAGAAGCAGAGUCAUUCAACAAGCUCCAUCCAUCCCGUCAGCCUCGAUGGAGGCGCUUCGUUGCCCCGAGUGAGGCUACCAGCGUUUCGCUACGAUGUUCAGAACCUGCAACAAUGGUCUCGCGCCAUCGGAUCUCCCUGUGGCAGCAACGCUUGGCAGGCAAUACAGCCAGCGGACACGAGGCGCCGGCUGAAUCAGGUCGAAGAGGGAGCCUGGCAACUGGCAAUGCGCUUCUCUAUGCGACCUCAGCUGUACGGAUACGGCAGCAUCGAUACGUCGGCGGCUCGCGGGGAGAGGUCGACAUUCCCCCCAGCCUUUCUUUUUCCAAAAUUGCAUUUGUCAUUCAGAUGGGAUUUGUAGGCGGCAAACUGAGGCGGCUAGGUCUCCAGGGUUGGAACAUGAAAGACCAGCGGAUGCUGAUGACCAAGGGAUAGGGUGGAAAUAGUUUCGCCCACCGAUACUGACGGCCGAGGGAGCCAAUGCAACGUCCAACCAUCGCCUCCUGGUGUCCUGCACCUAGUCGUAGGCGUUCGACUGCUCUCUUAUGGCAACCACUGCUAAGCCAACAGUGUUUACCUAGGCAGUCCGUAGGCGUCAGUCCGGCUGUUUGUUGUGGCGCAUUGACCUGAGUGGGUAUCUCCACGGCGGACCUUGUGAGAACAGGAAACUAUCGUAGUGACAGCCGCUGCUAUGACCUCUCCAUGGAUACCUGGUCUCAACCCUCGGUAUCCAGUAUGGGACUUUCGCAGGCC